AACAGACCAGCCGUUGGUCCAUCCCUAUGCUGUGUGCUCGUGGAGGUUUUGGGCAACAUUGCUGUGACAUGACUAUCCUUGACGGGAAGUGGGUGGACCUUCAACAGAACCACUGGGCGACACACAAAUGACCACUCCAAUACUUCUUUUGACCAUUAUAAGGUUGUAUCGAUAGAUAAAUAUGGCCUUGAUCUAACGGAGAUUGCACGCACCAACAUCGAAGCCAGUUGGAGAGUCAUCAUGGUGUCUGCGGGAGAGCUGCUGCUGUUAGCCUGCCUAGGCUUUGCUGUAGCGGCCAGAGGUGGGUUUUCCCAAACCAACCAUUUGGUGACAGACCCUCAGACAACGCAAGUGCUAGAGAUCGGGACUAACUUCACGGCGAUAUGCAUGAUCAUCAACACAACGGAAGUUACAGUCGAGGACCUCUCCUGGAAGCUGUCUGGGACUAAUUUACCCACCGAGCUGUACACCAAGCUCAAUGAAUCAGCUCUCAGUGUCACGUUCCCCAUCACCAGUGAUAAACCUGAAUGGUUAUGUUGCAUUGUCAACAAACCGCCGACGUCCUACGUUGCCCUGAACGGAGGCAAAUUUAUUUACGGGGUCCAUCUGCAGAAAAGCUAUCCACCAAGGAAGCCUGAGAAUGUUUCCUGCAUGGCAGUUCAGGAGAACCCCGUAUUAUCCCAAGUCUUCCGCUGUGAGUGGGCGGCAGUAGGACUUCAGACCAAAGAGAGCCCGACAAAAUACAUGCUGUUUGUCCAAGUUCUUUUCAGUCGGACCUAUAAUGUCACCACGGAGGAAACCCACGCCCAAAUUGAAUUCGAGGAUACUUACCCCUUUUUUAUGCACCUGGAUGUUUGGGUGGAAGCACACAAUAAACUGGGAAAAAUGGAGUCUGAGCAUAUAGGGGAAGAUGCCAACUGGUUUGUAAAAACAAAACCUCCUUCAGACAUCAUGAUUGUUUCAGAGAAGAUUUUCCCCACCUCCCUGGUGAUAAACUGGUCUCUGCCUAUUCGUGGUGUUUACGUGAAACUAUUAUUUGAAAUAAGAUUCUGCGUAAAUGGAUCUCAAAAUUGGACUUAUGUUCCUCGUGCAGACACAGCCAUGGAAAUACAGAGCUUCAGACUCCAGAACCUUCAGCCAGACACAGAAUAUAUCACUCAGGUGCGCUGCAAACCUUAUAAAGAGGGCUACGGGUACUGGAGCGACUGGAGCAGCAACGCAACCGCGAGAACCACAGAGGACCUGCCAAAAAGUAAACCAGAUUUGUGGAGAACCAUUGCUGAGGUUGACGGCAAAAAUGAACGGCUGGUGCGAUUUAUUUCUAAGGUUCCUGUGUUCUCCAAUGGGAUGAUAACAAGCUUUUACUUCAAGAUUCUAGACAAGAAUAUAGUGGGGAAUGACAGUUUGCUGUGGAAGAGUGUCCCACUGAACGUGUCAGAGAGCAGCUCUGGCCAGCAGGAGAUCUCUGUCCUUCAACAGAUACACCUGGCUGACUGGAAACCUGUCAGAGUGUUCGUCACCGCUUCCAACUCGGUGGGGAAAUCUCCGAAGGCCUCGUUAUUCAUCUCAGCAAAAGGACGUGAGCUCCCCCCUGUCAAUAAACUGAAGGUUUGGUCCGAUGGGGUAAAGCUGUGGCUGGAAUGGACCCCCCCAAACAAUACAGAUGUGUCCGAGUACGUGGUGGAGUGGGCCGCUGGAGAUCAGAUGGACUGGCAGAGGGAAAGCAAGAAGACCAGGCUGACUGCCAUUAAAGGCCAACUUAAGGAGUUUGUCCGCUACAAUGUCUCUGUGUAUCCGAUCUACGCUGGACAGAUCGGAAAGCAAGCGCGUAAAGAAGCCUAUCUGGAGGAAGGAACUCCAUUAGAACCCCCUUUUGUCAGACUGAGCGGUAAACCGGGACGUAACAAGGCUGUGCUGGUGUGGAGGGAGAUCCCCCUUGAAAAACGGCAAGGCUUCAUCACAAACUACACCAUUUACUACAAGGGUGAUGGUGAAACACACGAGAGAACCUUGCCCAGCCAUGACACCACCUACACUCUGACGUCGCUGACCAGCAACACCAAGUACGACACCUAUAUCGUAGCUUCCACCAUCCGAGGCUCCAUCAGGAGCACCACCCACUCCUUCACCACUCUGAAAUAUGCUCCAGGCGAGAUGGAGAGCAUCGUGGUUGGAGUGAGCCUCAGCUUUCUGUUUGUUGUUGUGCUGACCAUGCUGUUCUGUGUCUGUAAAAAGGAUGCGAUCAAGGAGAAUCUCUGGCCUCGGAUCCCAAACCCUGGAGAGAGCACAAUUGGAAACUGGUCUCCUAAUUAUCCUGUAAAAGCAGAGACAACGAAGGAGAACUGUCUGUCUGGCAUCAGUGUGCUGGACGUGGAUGUGUGUGAUGGAAAGAGUGUGUUUGAGGAGGACAAGGCCUGCCUGCCUCUGAAGAAGGACAAGUAUCUGUCCGAGGAGCACAGCAGCGGCAUCGGAGGCUCCUCCUGCAUGUCCUCCCCUCGCCAGAGCGUGUCUGACAGUGACGAGGGCAGCGACAUGGCCGACACCACAGCCAGCACCGUGCAAUACUCCUCCGUGGUGGCCUCCAACGGUUACAAGGGCCAGACCCCCAACCCCCACCCCCAGCAGGCGGUGUUUUCCCGCUCCGAGUCCACGCAGCCUCUACUAGACUGUGAGGAGAACCCUGACGUGAUGCUUCAGGAGGGCAGCAGGCAGUCUCAGCGAUUCAACCAAACUGCUGACCUGCUGGAGAUGGAGCAGGAGGAGGGGGUGGAGCCUCUGGACUUCUGUCCCCUGGAAGAGGAGAGUGAGCAGGCGACCCCUCCAGAGGGCCAGUCGGCAGGAGGCUGCUCCAGCUACAUGUCUCAGCGGGGGGGUUACAGGCCACAGUGAGAACACAGGCAAACCCAAAACAAGCCCCCAGGAAGUGAGCGGUGCACUGAAGCUGACAUUCUUAGUGACCGAACAAUGGUGUUGCAGCCACGUCACGUGAUGCCUUUGGGCCCCCAAAUAACUUUCCCACUGAUCUGUUAAUCGGUGAAUCAUUUUCACUAAGAUGAUUUGAUGGUCUGAAGAGCUCCUAUUUAAAUCAGGAACAGCUGAAAGUUGUUUGCAGAAUUAUUUCCCGUCCCUGUUCAUUUCACUGAGCCAACAACGGACUUGACAAAAGUUGGGAGGCGGGUCUUAGGGGAAACGCAUGUGUGCAUGCUCUCUGGACCCUGGGAGACUGCCGGAAGAUCGGUGGAAGAUCUUGGUAUUUUAGUUUUUGAGAGUUGAGCCAAAUGAGCGGGGCCCUGCCUCUUUUUAUACACCCAGGACUCAGACGUGUGGUCCAUAUUAAAGGUUCUGUGCCUUUGUUAAAGCUGGAAAGCAGGACUUUUAUCUCCCCCUUGUGGCAGUGAGUGAGACCACACAUACAUUUCCAUGCUACUUUUUAAAACGUUUAUCUUUUUUGUGGAGUUUCCUUUGCAUCUGGAGCAUCCAGAAUAUCUUGCUUGAACUCAUCACCUUUAGUGUGAAGUUUAAGUGUCAACAUUUUCUUUGAGGCAUUAAAAAAAUGAACCAGUGUUUCUUAUACGUUUAACCAAGUAUACAUAUUUCAGGAUGGUUGUAGCAGUAGUAGUUUGCUCGCGUUGCACUCACAUGGAUAAUGACUAAUGAAGCAUAAAAUAAUGUCCAAAACUGACAGUAAAUGGCCCCGGCCGUGACGCAACUGGCUGGGGCACCUGCACCGUACGCCGGCGACCCGGAUUCGAUUCCCGACCCGUGGUCCUUUCCGGAUCCCGUCCCGGCUCUCUCUCCCACUUUCCUGUCACUCUCCACUGUCCUAUCCGAUUAAAGGCAAAAAAGCCCCCAAAAAUAUCUUUAAAAAAACAGACCGUAAAUAGGUUUCAAAAUGUCUCCUCAAAUGACACUGUGAAAGUGUGUCACACCACACCAGGUGCCUUUUUGUUACUGUGUGCUGCAGCGCCCCGUUUUGGUGGGAUGUUACAAUGAAUUACCCAGGCAUUUUCUUUUGAAGCGUCAUUGAGCAGCUCUGUAUUUACACACUGCAUAUGAAUGUAAGCGAGUAAUCACACUGACAUGAACAUGCUGCAAGUGCAUGUUUAAUGGCAAAUGUAACUGCCUUUGAAAACUGAAAAAAGCAAAUGUAGGGUGUAACGCAUAUCUGUGUGAUGUACAGUUUUAGGUCACAUGACGUCCUGCUUCUGCUUUAGUUAUGUAUGCAAUGUAUUUGUCAUGAUAUCAGUGUCUCCCCCUCUCUGUCCGCAGUCUGUCAGAACGCUCUUCCUUAUCAUCCAGCGUUUAAACAUGUUGAAUAUCCUGUCAUCGUUAACACUUUCUAGCUUAGUGCACACGGCUUUGAGCCACGGGUGAACUGCCUGACAACAGGAACAGAAAAUCUAACUGAAGACUGAAAAAAAAUAAGCUAUAAAUAAGUUUAAAACAUCCAUGGGAAAGAUGAAGUGUCAUGCUGUAAAAUCCAGCAUUUUGUGUGGUUCAUUUGUCAGCUGUCAGAGAGGUCAAGCAUUUCUCCACGGUGAAUGCUGUAAAUGAUGGUCAUUAUGAAAUAUGAAAUAAAUGUUUUAAAUAAUG